GUGUAUUGAGGCAGCUACGGGCGAGAUGCUCCGCUCGGCUGUGUCUUUGCUGGCUCGGGGCCAGCGUCUCACAGCCAGCGCUGCAGCAAGACAUGCAGGUGUACAGGUCAGAACAUUCGCAGAAGCCCCAGUGCAGGAGCCAACAGUCCCCACUCAUGGAAUCCACGGCCGCUAUGCCUCCGCCCUAUUCCAGGCGGGGUUGAAGCAGGGAGAACUGGACAAGAUCGACAAAGACCUGCGAGAGGUGGAGAAGCUAGCAGAGAGCAACCCCAUGUUUGCACAGUUCCUUCGGGACCCUAGUGUCCCCAAGAAGGAAAAGGUCACUGCCCUGGAGGAAAUUCUUGGCAAAAUUAAAGUCAGCAAAACCACACAAUCGUUCUUUGAGGUUCUGGCUGAGAACAACAGACUCAACGAGGUGCCAAAGAUUGUCACCACAUUUGAGGAGCUUGUGGUGUCAGCUCGAGGUCAAGUGAAGGCCACAAUCACCACAGCGCAGCAACUUGCUGCAAAUGAGCUGGCUGAGAUCAAGAAGGGCCUAGAUGGGUACUUGAAGAAGGGGCAGAGCCUGCUGCUGGAUCAGAAGGUGGAGCCGGCUAUCAUCGGUGGAGUGAUCAUUGACAUCGGAGACAAGCACAUUGACCUGUCCAUUAACACGCGCAUCAAGAAGAUCCAGCAGCUGCUGUUGGAGACUGUCUGAGCUAACCCCUGUGAGUCACUGGUGAAGGGUCAACGAUUGGGCAUGCUUGGCAUCUGAAACCAAAUAGAUGGUGCUUUGCGCGCUCCUUGAAGGGAUCGCCUUCAUGGAUCUGUAUGGCCUCAUGCACAAUGAUUGACUCAGGGCAUGCGAAAUGAGGGCGAGGCACAGUACGCUUGAUCGGCACAGAAAUUUUGCUGGAAUGUAUUGUAACACCUGCUUUCACCAUC